CAAGUUGUAUUUUCAUCAACGCGCCAGAUUGUGCGCCGCCUCAGGUGCUCGACAUCUCCGAUUUUAAGAGCUCGACGCCGCCGGGCGCUGUGCUCGCUCUGACGCAGCUCCGUUUAUAUUUACGUACCCAACAUCUAUAGCGCUAGCCCCAGCACCUAUGCAUCACGUGCCCGCUCACUGACGCAACCCGGUACGCGGCACCUGGCUCCGCAUCCGUCCUCCCUCGACGUCGGGGCGCACAACGCAGCUCUCGCGUUCCUCGCCGUCCUAUGAACAUCCCCAACGUCCCCGCCAACGAUAACAGCCACUUGAACGCACCGCCCAGCCGCCGCUCGUCGAUCUACUCUACCGCCGCCCCGCGCCGCCCGCUCCGCCGUCCUCCCUCGAUCCGCUCGCUCGGCGCGCCUGGCGGGAAGAGCAGGGCCGCCGCGCCGCCGAGCGUGUCCCUCGUCUUUGCGCAGCCCGAGCUAGGCAAGGGUCUGAAGAGCGCCGUAGACCAUCUGCCGACGAUCGAGCGUACGCCGAGUCAGGAGGGUGUGGAGGAGGAGGAGGAGGCCGAUAUGAAGCGAGGCAGCGACGUCGUGGCGCCGGGCGAGGAGGACGAGGGGAGCAAGAGACUCAAGGUCGCCGACGAUGCGAGCGCUGGGGCGACGACGGGGGAUAUGCAGGUGGACCCGCCAGCUGCUGCUGCGCCCGCACCGGUCGAUGUGCAGGCUACCGAUACUGCCACCGCUGCGGCUGGUGCUGCGCCGACCGAUGCGCCCUCGACGAGCCCUUCGAAAUCCAGCGCCAUCGCGUCCUGGUUCGGAUCUAUAUCACGCUCGAAGAGCAAAGAGCGCGCGCCAAUCGCCGUGGCGCCGACCCCGGCAACAGCAGAACAGCAAACCGCAGCAGAAAGUACAGAAACCGCGGCUAGAGAACGCGCCGCAACGUCGGACACAGUGCCUGCUUCAUCAGAACGCGCAGCAGCAGCAGCAGCACCCGCGCCCGCUGUCGAUCUGUCCGCCUCUCCCGAGACAUCUCCCUCCCCGCCGCGCUGGAUCCCCUCCUCCCGCAAAUCACACGCGCGGAAAAAGUCGUGGCUGAGCAUCACCUCCACCCCGUCCUCCUCCCCCACCCCACACAAUCAGCACCCUCAACAACCCCAAACCCAGACUUCCCCCACCAGAUCCGCGGGCCCGCGCUCGCCGCCCCGUCCCCCGCUCUCCGCCGCGCCCUCCAUCCCGUCCUCCAUCGACGAGGAAGUUCCCGGCCUGCCGUCCUCCCCCACCUCGCCCUCCCAUCUCCGGCCCCCGCCUCCCGCGCCGACGCUGUCCCCCUCCGCGUCGGGGACAUCCACGAUCAACCUGAAUCCGACCGCGUCCCGGUUCACGCUCAGCAUACCGCUUCUAGGUCGGCCGAAGGUCCCCCUCGAGCGCGCCGUCGCGGCGGCGCAGGCGGAGGACGUGCGCACGGCGGCACCAAAGGGGCCGGAGACGCCCGUUGAAGAGCGCGUGGCGCUUGCGCAGGCCGAGGACGUAAGGGAGGGCGACGUCGUGCCGGAACGCCGGCUCGCGGAGGAGGAGAAACGCGGCGUGUCGAAGACUGUGACGAAACCCGUCGGGGGCAACGCGGGUGAGGACGCCCGUCUGUUGCGCAACUGGGUGUACGUGAAGUUGACGCAAGACCCCGACGCAGGUCCGAGUCCGGCUUCGGGUGACGCGUCUGUGGGCCCGGAGACGAUGGUCGUGCCGCCGCCGUCGUCGUCGCAGGAAGCAACGAGCUCGACGUGGUGGGAUUAUGUACCUGGGUUUGGCGGCGCUACCGCUCCCGCUUCCGCGAAGGAGACCGAGCCCGAGCCCGUCCCUACGCCGAAGCCGGAACGUGCACCGGCGCACGAGCACGGGCGAGAAGAUUCGACGUCGACGGUGCGGCCCAAGGCGGCGUCAGUGUUCUCGGGCGAGACGGCGCGCUCGGGCUCGAAUCAGUCGUCGUGGCUGGCGCCGUGGACGUGGUACGGCGCGCCGUCGCCCCUGGGGAGGGGAGAGGUGGAUGCCGGAGGACCGGCGCCCGGAGAGGAGAGGGAGGAGGACGGGACCACGCGCGCGGAAGCUGUCAAAGCGGAGGCGCUUGCGCGGGAGGAACGGGAGAAGGAGGAGGAGCGGGAGAGGGAACGGGAACGGAAUCCGGUUGGGGAGACGAUCGAGCAGCAUCGGAGCGGCUGGGCGUCGCUGUUCAUGAGCAGGGCGUUCACGGGUCGGACGAUCACCGCCGCGGGAGAGGGCAGUGAGGGAGGGGAGAUGGAGGUGAUGGACGUCCCGGACGAGGUCGACCCCGGUCCGACUCCGGGAGAGAAGGCGAAGGGCGAGGAGAGGGUGCGAGAGCGUAAGGAGGCGGAGAAGCGGGAUUCGAACGCGCGCGAGCCGAAGAAGAAGAAGGGCACCACCGUGCCGCCACUGACCGACUCGACCUCGGUAAAGGACCGGACGGCGCGCCGCGCGGCGUCGCCAUCGCCGUCCCCGUCGAAGAGGAGCAAUAAGAGCGGGAGCUCGACGCCGACGGGCCCGAGGUCGGGCGUGCCGAACCUUGUGCUGCCGACGUGGGCGGAUACGUUCCAUAAGCCGCCGAGGUCGGACGUGCCGGUCCGAAAGGGGAGAAGCGGAGUGGUGGGUAAGGGAUUGAGGUAUUUGGGAGAGGCGCUGCAGGCCUAUGCGGAGGGCGAGGACGGAGGGAGGGGUGGUAGGGAGAGGGGGAAGGGGAAGAGCAAGGAGGAGGAGUUUGGGAGGGCGCUGCCGAAGGCGUGGGACGUGGUGGAGGGCGCGAGGGGGACGCAGAAGGGGAAGGCGGCGGCGGCUGUGGAGGGGGACGUGCUGAGGGGAGCGAGGAGGGUUGUUGUGUUAGGCAUCCACGGCUGGUUUUACGGAGGGAUGAUGCGGACCGUCCUCGGCGAGCCGACGGGAACGAGCACAAAGCUGGCGAACAUGAUGUGCCAGGCGGUCGAGGAAUUUGAGGCCAAGCACGGCGUCAAGUUCGAGAAGGUGACCAAGAUACCGCUCGAGGGCGAAGGCAAGAUCGAGAUCCGGGUCGAGAAGCUGUACAAAGCGCUGACGGAGAACGAGGAGUGGAUGGCGGACCUGCGCGCCGCGGACGUGGUGUUCGUCGCCACCCAUUCCCAGGGCUCGGUCGUCUCCACGCACAUCCUCGAUCGCCUCAUCCGAGACGGACACAUCCGCACCGCGCGCAGUGUCGCGGCGGAUCGGCUAGCAGCGGCGGGCCAGAGCAUCGCGGCGGGGCUCGCGCCCGGUGCCACUGGACUCGAGUCGAAGCCGCAGAGGGUGUGCUGCCUUGCGCUGUGCGGGAUCCACCUCGGCCCGCUGAGGUACCUGAGCGGGAGCUCGUUCACAAAGCCGUAUAUCCAGUAUUUCGAGAACGCGGCGGCCAUGGAGUUGUUCGAGUUCCAGAACACGGAGAGCGAAGUUUCCAAGAGCUACGUCAAUGCUUUGCGCAACGUGCUGGAUCAUGAGACCAAGAUGCUUUACGUUGCUUCGCUUGACGAUCAGGUCGUGCCGGUCUAUUCUGGACUCUUCACUGCCGCAUCGCAUCCACUCAUUUUACGCGCUAUAUACAUCGACGGAGAUGCUUACUCCUCGUCGGACUUUCUGUCCAACCUCACCGUAUUAUUGAUCCGCAUAUUGAACGCCGGCCUGUCGGACAGCCGGCUUCUAGUCCAUCUUUCCGAGGCCACGGCUGGCUCGUUGAGCGGCGUGGGGCACUCCUCGGCAUACGAGGAAUUGGCUACGUUCACGCUGGCCGUAAACUACCUCUUCCUCACCGACAAUGGUCAGACCCAACAUGCCAAACUAGACCUAGAGCACUUCAACGCAAGCACGGAGCAAAACGACUACGAGGCGCGUUCACGUUCAUACGCUGCGCUCUUUUCUAUACCCUGGGCUCUUAGAGACCUCAUCGCGGACGAGCGCGUCGCGCAAUACUUUUCGCGCGAGUUUGCGCAGCUUCGGGACGCGUUCGACGACUGGCGGCCGAAGACGACGAUCCUUCGGGACAUCAAGCGCAAGCUGCAGCCGAUACAACGGCUGUCGACGUUGAGCGUUUCCCCGCCGUCGCCUACGCCGUCCAGCAAGCUGUGAUACACACGCAACCGUCUUUUAUCGACACAAUUUCCUUCUGCUCCUGCAACCAUACGAAACUCAGACGGACUCUCAAUAGCCUCGGUGUACGGUUUAUAUCAUCACAUUUCAUGGCCAACACUCGUCUUUUACACUUUAUUCACCGCGAGAUUACUCUACGAUUUGCUGGAGGCUAGUGCAAUACCUGUAACAUCACACCGCAUCCGACUUUGUACACAAAUGUAGAUUUAGC